AUGCACCUCGACCCGGUCCUACCGCCAUCUACGCAGCUUCACCUUCUCAACCUCUUUGGCGGUGACGACACGCCGUACGAGUCUUUACACGCCGUGGUAAGCUAUGGUGUUAAAUCAUGGUUUGACGCGUUUGUGGCGACUAGGCCAGGGGCAGGCAAAGACGCAGGAGGGGGAAGUGGAGGUGGAGAAGCAAAUUUAAGAAUACCGACGCCGAAGAAAAUUGCAGAGCUCGAGUUGAGAUUGUUGCAGUUGCAUCAGAAUGUAUAUUCUGGACACGAAUUUGAUGAUUCGUCCUGUUCUUCAAUGGGCCCAAUCACAAGGCCGGCGACCCAACAACCCCAUAUCCCAUCAAUGCUCCGACAGCACGUUCCUCAACUCUCUCUAAUGGCACAUCAACGCAGGGUCAAAGCCAUUCAAGCGGCGACCAAGCUCACAAGGGACGUUUCCUCCGACACGGCAUCGCAAGCGGUCAACUUUUGGUCGAGCCUCGAGAGUGCGUUGGAGGGCAUAGAGGCGCAGGUGAAGUGCAAGGAGGUUAGGAUGGUCAUGGAUGCAUUGAGGAAUGCAAAGAGAUUCCAUGUGACUGUUAGCGUUAUCGCUGAUACCGAGUUGAAGGGUGCUACAGAUCACGUCCACAAGUGCAACCGACCGCUAAACAAUCUACUCUCCUCCACGACCUCGACAAGGUGCACGAAUCACUAA